AUGUAUGUACGGAGUAUGCACAUUAUCAUACACACAUUUAAGGUGUUUGUACUUGGUCAUUUACCAAAAGGGGAUGGUGCUGGACUGCUUAAACUACCUACUAGAAAAGUUAAUAACAUUCAACAAGUCGACCUACCUUCUCAAACUGUACACAUUUUACAUCUCUCAAUGGAUCAUCCAGUGAUACCAGUUAAAGGAUAUUCGAAGAUGUUUUGCUGGCGUGACCGGUUGCACGCCUGUUCCUCACAAGAGCUUACCAUUCCAACUCACCCUACUUUGUCAGCCUUCUUUUAUUUGGAUAUGGAGAUGGAGUAUCUCAUAUCUACUCCUACCGAUAUGCACUUAGUAGUAGAAAACACAGGCACCGUUUCCCGGUUCAUUUCAGUGGCACCCCAGUCCUUCCUACAGCCUUCGAAGGAAUUGUAUGGAGCAUCACUUCUCUCGGCAAAAACUUUCCUUGACCCUCUAGCAUCCAGCAUUGCUAGAUCCCAGACUCAUCGUCAGAAAGCCAACAAAAAGAAACGGAAGAGGUCCGAAAGCAGUAAACAGUCUGGCGAAGAUGUUCUGCAGCUGCGGAGCUUGUACGUAGAUGGCUUCGCUGUUGGCCAGAUAUGGGAACAGGCAAUGCGAAUCAUCGAUGCAACGAAGGACGAAAUACAGCAUGAUUUUUCUGUUCUUCCUGCGACAUUACAAGCCGCCCGAUCUCCUCACAAUAAUGGGCCGCUCCUCCCUGACAGUGACAGGUCGGCUGACCGGGUUGGACAUUCCGAAGCCAUGGAUGCUUCUGACGACACCUCUUCUCAAUCGAGUGUUGAAUCCAUGAGUGGUAUCGAAUCGGGAUCCACAAACGAAAAUGAGAAGCAACGGGAUCCAAGUGAUUUGAGUGAAAUUGAUGACAGUGCCGUGGGUACUGAUGAUGAAGAUGAAGAAAAGUUAUCUUCCGAUGGAGAAAUACAGGAAACAUACGUCCAAGACCCCUUUGGACUCAAUGACGGCUUCUUCUCGAUCGAUGAAUUUAAUAAGCAAUCUGAAUACUUCGAGCAAAAGGAUGCUAAAGGAGAUCCUGAUGACAACGAAGCAAGUGAUGAAGAAAUCGACUGGCAUGCAGACCCCUUCGCCCUUGGGAAGUCUAAGGCUAUUGGAGAAGAGAGGGAUACACGGUCAAAACUACAUGAUAAUGAUGAUCAAGCCAGCAUGACUAGCGAAGAUGAGGGCCCAACUUUUGGGAAUGCUAAUUCCAAUGCGCAGUCGGAUGAGGAUGAAAUGUCAGAUGCUGACAAUGACACUUCCUGGAUCGAUACUAAUGAUAUCAAAUAUGCUGAUUUCUUUGCACCUCCACCGCGGAAAGCUUCUGACAAGAAAACACGGCCACUCCCAAAAACCCAGCUACCAAAAACUGAUCCCGAAGACGAUUUAGAACGUGCUAUUGCCGAUGUUCGCCGUGAUCUUUUCGAAGAUGAUGGUUCAGAUGAAGAUGCAGAGAUCGAUCCUUCGCUCGUUCCUGGGAGUCAAACAGGUCGCUCUUCUCAUGAGAAGCAACGGGCAAGGAUUGCUGAUGAAAUCCGCCGGUUGGAAGCAGCGAAUGUGGCAAAGAAGGAAUGGACGCUCGCUGGUGAGGCGAAGGCUGCCGAGCGACCUCUCAACUCUCUAAUUGAGAAUGAUCUCGAUUUUGAGCGCAUCGGGAAGCCUGUCCCUGUCGUGACAAAUGAAACCUCGGAGGAAAUCGAGCAACUGGUUAAAAGGAGAAUUCUCGCUAAGGAGUUCGAUGAAGUCAUUCGACGCCUUCCUGAUUCCUUGAGUAGUGACGGAGUCAGGAGAGGAAGAUUCGAGAUUGACGAGACGAAACCUCAACAGAGCCUGGCUGAGUUGUAUGAAGCUGAUCACCUCCGUGCCAACGACCCCAACUAUGUCGAUCAAAAGGAUCAGAAAAUGAGACGUGAACACGCUGAGAUCAGCCAGCUGUGGAAGGAGAUAAGCUCUCAGCUCGAUUCUCUCUCUAACUGGCACUACAAACCAAAGGUCCCUCAGGCCAACAUCAAUGUGGUUACAGAUGUAGCAACUAUUACGAUGGAAGAGGCACGUCCCACUGCCGGUGGUCUUGUUGGCGAACAAGGUACCCUUGCCCCUCAGGAAAUUUACAACCCUGUCAACAAUGGGGGGUUGGGUGGAGAAGUAGUCCUUAAGAGUGGAGCGUCCGUUGCCAGAGAUGAAAUGACUAGGGAGGAGAAGAUCAGAAGAAGACGCAGACAAAAGGAGAAGACAAAGAAAGUCAGUUCUGAGCAGGCGAAGACACAGAAAGGCAACGGGGAAGAGAAGCAAUUGAUGAGUGAGCUGAAGAAAGGUGGUGUCAAGAUUCUCGGUGACAAGGGUCAAUUGAAAACUCUUGAUGGCCACAAGGCGAGCACCUCAGAGAGAAGUCAAGGAGACAAGCUUAAGUUGUAA